UUUUUGCUUGAAGGACCUUGCAGUGUCUACAACUGUAAAUUAGUUUGAGGGUGUUUAAUAAAGAGUCUUAAAGGAAAGGAGUAAAAUAAAUUGACAUUCCUUAAAUGAAAGACAUUGGCCUGCUUAGCCAGCAAUAGGUAUUUGGCAUCUUUAUAGUGAAGGAGAAAUACAUUAUCUCUAGAAACUGGGUUUCUGUACAUUUCCUGGAUUGGGAAGCGCAGUGGCGCACCUUGUGUUGCCUUGGUAACCGAGAAGCUGCGCAGCUGCGUGUGUUAAUUGCAAGAAGUGACUGCGGCUGUAAGUUUUCUGUUGAAGACUUUCUGCGUGUUAAAACAUCGGAAAUGCUAUCGGACACUUGGGCGAAACACAGCUCAUGAUAUUGCGUCUGUUUUUAACGUGUUGAAGAACUAAGCUGCUGAAGAUGAGCUCGGAGCGCCCCGGUGCCCGGCCGGACUGGGACUCGAUAUUUGCCAGCGUGAAGGACUUCAUCCCCUCCCUCGAGUCCGAUACCUCCUCCGGAUCAGACUGUGAGGAGGACGUGCCGAUAUUUCGCCGAACACCAGCCACUCUCCUCCCUGGACAGCCAGAGAAUCCUGACAGUUUGUCACUGGGGGAUGCGGAGGUCGAGGAGCUCUUAGAAUCUGUUAGGACGCCUGUUAGGGAGUGCUGGACCAAGGACAAUCCAUCCCCUCAGAGCACCCAAGAUGAACUUGUCUGCAAGAUAUCUGAUGACCUGGUGCCAGGAACCUUUGAAGCUCACAAUGUGGCAGCAACAGCAGUGUCAGUGCAGAUCAACUCCAGCCUGAGUGCAAGACCAGCUGUAGCAAGGGAAGAGGAGCCAGCGACAAACCAUCAAACCAAUGCUGACACAUCUGUUGCGUUCCUAAGACUUGCAGAAUCCCCUUCACUUGCCUGUGUCUCUGUUGGAGCUCAGGAGGGUGAGACAUUAGGCACCAGCCAAGCCAGGAGGUCCAGGAUUUCUGGGAAUUGUGCCACAAUACCGAGCUUUCCAGCUUCUGAGAUUAACCUCUCUGUGAACAGUGCUGGAGAAGACUGUUCAGUGCAGAACAGUGGAGAUGGUCCUGUGCAGGAUAUGCCUUCCAGGAAAACAAAUGUUGAACCAUCAAGUGGAUUUCCUGUUUUAUCCUUGGAGUCAUUUGAGCAGUGGGACCUAGACGAAGUUUUACAGACACUGAAACAGAAUGGACAUCUGGCUUCAUCUGCAGAAGAUGUGACAACUCUUGAAACAAAUACAGUACCCUCAGACAGUGCUGUGGAGAAGGCAGAGGGGGCUCUGAUGGAGAAGCUGACCGCCCUGUGUGUGAGGCAAAAUGCAGACCGCUUAUCCGUGAAGCUGAAGAAUUCAUCUUCUCAAUGUCCAUCAGAUCUCCGAAGUGAAUACUGGACCGAGCUGCAGGUGAAAAGACGAAAGGACUCUCCCACAGUCCACAUUGACCUCCGCAACCCUGACCCUCCCAAACACCCCUUCUCUGCAAAGCCACUGGAGAGCCCAAGGCCAAGGCCAACAGAAAAUGGUAAACUCACAGGAAAGUGUUUGCUGCUCAGAAAACUACGUGAAACAAACAGGAGUGAAGCUUGUCUUGCACAAGCCAGUGGGAAACGACAGGACACCGCUGGCGGGAUGAAAGAUCUCCAGGUCAGAGCACCAAGGAGAAAAAAGGAGCCUUGUGGAACCCAGAGCACGAGUGAGGAAGAGUCCCAGCCUCAGGGGGUAGCUGUAAAACCCCCCCAGUCUGGCCCAGAGAGUGAGCAGAACAGGUCGCAAGAAGAAAGGCUGCUCAGUAUGGAGAGAGCCAGCCCAGAGCUGACAGAGACGCACACUGGCAACAAGAGUGCUGCAGCCUCUAAGGACGCAGAGCGCAGGGAGCAACAAAAAGAGAAUAUCCGUCGACAGAAGCUUCACCAACACUUGGAAACCCUCAAACCAAAGCGAUCAGUAACUGGCAGACAGCCUGCUGCUCACUGUACUAACGUACUGUAUGACACUGAGGCCUCAUAUUUGCCUUCUAUCAGCACUCUAUCUGCGGAGAGUGAACACAGAGAGACCCUCCUGCUGACUGUGUCCCUGGCCAGUCUUGGGCAGGUGUCAGUUAGUGGUCGGACCGGUGGCCAAACUCUUGACAUGGCGUUAUCAGGAUCCCAUGUGUACAACUCUCUGGUGGCAUGGUUUCUGUCUUUGGUGGGCCAGCGCCCGCUUGGCCGUGCUGGAGAAGAGCUGCACCCUCCUUUCUGGGUGGCAGGGCUGCAGCAGCUGUGGAGAGAGGACGGCCUGGCGCUAUACGUGUGCGCUGCCUCGCCUGGAGAGAGUCUGCAGCACAGCAGGCGACACAGAAAGAGAGAGGGGGAGAGAAGCAGUUCAGUGUUCUACCAGCGGGUCUGCAAGUUCCUAUCCCAGACCUCUUUGCACGCUGUUGUCCCCUGGGCACAGGACCUGAAUUUUCUCCUUGCCAAGCAGUCAUACCCCCUGCAUAUCAAUGUGCCCUCUGCUCGCCUUGACAGCUUUAUCUGUGUCAACCCUGAGAGGAAGGCACUAGAGAAGGCCUUUGGGACGACUCCUGGCUUCUACUGGCAGACUGUGGAAAUAGAAGGACAGAUCUGUGAGAGUGCAGGAGAAACAGCAGACAGUCAACACCCCAAUACUGAGGUGGCCAUGGCUGUGGGCUACAGCACCCUCUUUGAGGAUCCUCUUGUGAUUCUCCACACUCUGCAGCUGCUCCUGAGCUCUAACCUAGAUGUCUGUGGACUUCGUCUGCUCUACCCAACACAUAGUCUGCUGAAAAACAGCACAGGAUGCCUGCCCUCAGGGUAUGAGCAGAGCUGUGCCCCCAAGCCUGUCCUUGCCCUGGCUUUCAGAGGGCCCAGAGCUGCUGCAGUGUGGCUGGAUAUAACAGGCCCCUCAGACCCGCGGCUAGCCAGCUUGACCGACCCCAACUCGAUCAACGCCACGCACUGCUCCAGCUCGGACAGGCCCCUGUUCUACACUCCCCGUCUGGCCAGUCGUAUCCAAUGGGGGCUGUGCAUUUGGUUUGGGGGGAGAGUCCCACUGGGUGGAACAUUUGACGCGGGACCACAGAAUAGCACAACUGUUCCAGGGUAUGGGCUGUUUUAUUUGAUGCAUUCAGAAGUCAGUGUCCCAGUACUAUUGCUUGCUUUGGCUAAAGCAGUGUCUUCUGCUUCCCACAUAGUGGACGUCUUCUUGUUGGUGUCUCCAGCCAUCCCUCCUUGUUGCUAUGGAGAUGUCCUCGCCGCGUGUGUCAAGCGAGGCUACAACAUUCGAGGCCUGCAGAGGCUGCAGCUCACUCCCAGACGAGCCCAGGCCUUGGGGCUGACUGGCCCGCAGGUGUUGGUGUUUUGCUCUCCUCCACCUUUCCUGGAUGUUUCGAAUGAAAAAGAGGAGGAUUUCCAGGUUGACUUGCCAUCCCACUGCCUGAUUGUUCUCCUGAGGAGGGAGCAUGCCUGGCGACACUGUUCCAGCCUUCUUGCAGGGUUGAUGAAGGAGUUUGCAGAGCAGGGUUUGCUGUCGACCAUUGGCAGCAGGCUCCCCCCCGACGUCAACAUAGAUCCAGACCUCUGCUUCCACCCGGUGCGCUACAGUGACAGCCUGUUGCACAGCCUGGGCGGCUCUAUGUGGUCGGUGCCAGAAGGUGGCAGUAUCUACCUGGACAUGCUGUCAGUGUGCAGCUUUCCUUCUAACCCUGAAGUGGAGCAGGUGGUGAUUUUGACCCUGACCAGCAGCGACAUUGAAGGUUCUGGACUGGAGUUUCUGCGUAAGAUUCUGAGAGGAGAAGCCUCCCAGGCAGGCAGCCCAGCAGCAGGUCCCAAUGAGGGGGGAUUUGAGCUGCUGGCGACGAAGUGGCUGCCAGAGCUGACGCGACUCCAGGCCCGGGAGGUCAGCCCCUUUGAGGUGGGGGACCGGAGAUGGAGGGACAGCUUAGCAGCACUGGCAUCUGUGCCAGCCUUGGUUUGUGCGCUGAGAAGGGUCAAUGCUUUCGCUGUCCUCCGGCAGCUGCUAAAAGACACUGCUGGCAGCCUGGACAGAGUGAUGUCGCCCACCCCUGAGCUGGCCUUCCGCCAGGCUGCCCUGUUCUUCACGGACAAAGAGCUGCUCCCAGAUCACAGUGCCCGUCCAUUACUAAGAUUCCUGCCUCCUCCCAGAAAGUGCAGCCCUGUUCCAGGUAAUCAUGGGAUUCCCUUUUUUCCCUCCUAUACUAAGCCUGAUGCUCUGGACGCCCAUGUGCAGUACCUCACCUCAGGCCCCUCCCUGGCUCUGGGGCUCCAGAGGGAGAAUGCAGUGAAGAGGUUGCUUGACUUGCUGGGACCAGAGGACCCCUGUGUAGCUCGAGCCCAGGAUCAGUUUCUGUGGAGAGCUCAUUAUGGCACUGACCUGGUUCACAAUGGAGUUUAUGGCUCCAGGUCAUACCUUCAGGCAAUCGCAGAUGUGAAGAUGUUCUUUCCUGAGGGCCUGUGCUGUGCGGAAAGCACAUUAAUGAAGCAUGAAGAGAUACCAUGUGUGACCUCUGACCUCACUGUCAGCACAGAACGAAUAAAAAGUUACAGGAUUGCCCUGCACACAAGAAACACUGACACCAUACCCCUGAUCACAACCACAGGACUGAAGGGAGAGCCCUCUGUGCGCAGCGCUCUCUGCCAGACCACCUGCCUGCUCAUCCCAGCCAAGCUCCUGCAGUCCCGCCGACGAGCCCUCGAUCUCGAGCUGGUGGAGCAGCUGCUGAAGAGAGCCUGCCACCUGGUGGCCGGGAGACUCUGUGUGCUGGACACCGAGCAGAGCAGGCUCAUUGAAGAAGCACUGAAGUCACCCCAGGAGAGCACCUCGGUGAGUGCCAUGCUGGCCAAUGUCCCCUGUCUGAUCCUUGCGCUUCAGGGAGACAAUGCUGUCACCUGCUUCGAGUCCAUCUUAGACAGUAUUUGUCUGGAGAAGCCCGAGCUGAUGGAUGUGCGGAGGGCAAUUCUUUAUCCUUACAAUGAAAAGCAGGCUGCAAAGCUACUGUGCUGCCUCUUCGAUUCCCUGUCCCCCGACAGCCUGCACGGUAUUGUGCCACAAGACACCGCACAGAGCUGAACACUGCACCAGCUUCCACACAACGGGCUGUAGGCCUGCGUCCGCAGCACAACCAAGAACUAAAGCCAUACAUUCAGAGGUAUAGUAAGCCCAUGCUACACAAGGUAUAUGACUCUGAGAAUAACAUUGGAUAAAUUCUCCAAAAAAAGCUGUCAAAGUAUGUAAGCACUGAAGUGGCCCCAGGAAGAAUGUGCCACUUGUUGCUGGGAGAACAAGGCCAGUAACUUCACUAAAGGCUACACCACCCUAACCCCCCACCCCGACCUUUUUUAAAUGCUUGACUUGGUGUUGAGCAUGGUGACUAAUGCCAGAAACCUAUAAGACCCCUUUUCUCUGGAUUGCACUACACUAGUCAUUUCUGAAUGAAAGAGAUGGCAGCUCUUUCAGGGCAGAACAAAAUGUUUUCUGAAUUUCCUACCAAAAACCUUUGUAGCAUGGGUUUACCGUUCUAUAAAUAUUUAUUUAUAUAUUUCUAAAUUGCUAUUUAUUAUAAUAAAAAUGUAAAAUGUGUUAUUGAUCAUAUAUUAAAUUUCACUUAUUACCCCUGAAUUUUACUGUUAUUGUCAUUUUUGAAAGCAUUAUGUGCAUUUUUUAACCAUUUAACCCAGACUCAAGUUUUGCUAAUCUGCAACGGUGUAGCAAUGAUAAAUUGUAAAGGCUGUAAAAUCGUUUUUUUUUUAUUUUACUAAACCAUACAGAUGCAUACAAAAAGACUAUUUACUUAGAAGAGCCUUACAAGGUGACUUUCCUUGUCAUGUUAUUACAAAAGUUUCA